AUGGUAAAGAUACUCUGGCCGCCCAUGAUUCGGAACAGGGCCCGUCCUUUCGCCGGGCUCUCGUUGAUGGUAGGACGGUUAAGGCUGUCUCACGUCAUCAUCUGGGCUCUCUUAGCAGCAGUGUUCUUUUGCAUCGCAGGCCACGAGAAGGCCCUACCAUCAGCAUUUAACGAUGCCUCCGAACUCCUGGAACUCGGCGACGACGGCACGCCAUCCGUUCCUCUGCACCUCCAGCCAAAGGAACCCAUCCGCAUCGCCAAGGCCAACCGCUUCGACAACCGUUAUGAGUUUCAGCGCCACCUCGGCCGAAGCCGCGAGGGAGGAAGUACCAAUACCGCCCUCUACAGAGACAUGCACACGGGCGCCCAGGUGGUGGUGAAGUCGUACCACCACCACCAUGGCGGACUGCAGCGGAUGUCGCCGCCCUGGAUAGACUUCUUCUGCCACGAGCUGAGCACCUGGCCGACAGAGAUAGCCGCCACGCUGCUUCUGGCCGGCCUCGAGGGAGAGGAAGGACAACAAGAAGAAGAAGCAAGCAGACGACGCGACAACCUCACGCGCCACCAGCAGGGCCGCCACGGCAAAAUAAGCGGCCUCGUCCCAGCACGCGACUACUUCGUCGCCCUCGAGCCCGCCUUCUCUCCGUUCCCUUUGUCCCCGCCCGGGACUCCGGCCUCGCUCCUUUCCACGAUGGCGCGGCUGCUCCGCCCCCUCUUCCCGUCUUGGACCACGCCGCGCUGGACGCUCGUCACGACGGCCGCCGCCGCCGGCACCCCCCUCGUCGACUACUUCGCCGCUACCACGUCAUUCUCGUCCUCCUCCUCGUCGUCGUCGUCCUCUCCACCCGCUCCGUCCGAAUCCGGCGACAGCAACGUCAGCGACACCGCCAGCAGCGGAAACCACUCCUCCACAUCCUCCUCCUCCACAUCAUCACCACCACCACCACAACAACAACCGCCGCCCUCCCCCUCCGCCGCCGACGCCCUCCAUCGCCCCGCCUUCAUCCACCUGCUCGCCUCGCUGGCCUCGAUGCACAAGCGGGGCUACUGCCACAACGACGUCCGCCCUCGCAGCAUCUCCGUCGUCCGUCAUCAUCACGGCCGUCGCGACCGUGAUGGGGAUGGUGGCGGAAACGGCGAGGGGAGAAGAGAAGGAGGAGGAGGAGAAGAAGAAGAAGAAGAAGAAGAAGAAGAAGAAGAAGAAGAAGAAGAAGAAGAGGAAGGGGACGAAGAGGACGAGGAAGGGGACGAGGAGGAGCAGGAGGACGAGGAGCAGCUGCGAUGGGUCUUCACCAGCCUUGGGCGGGUCAGCGGGAAUGGCGUCGUCGGCGACCGCCGCCGGCCAAUUUUUCUUCGGCGGUUUGGGUGGGCGGUGGACGAGGAUGAUGGCGAUGGUGACUGCCGGAUGAGGGAUGUGAAGGGGGCGUUGAGGAGUUAUUUGUGGGUUUUGCGGAUGGCGAGCGACGGCGGCGGCGGCGGCGACGGCGGCGGCGGUGAGGGGGGGAAAGAGGCGUCGUCGUUGUUUGAUGGCGAGUUUUAUGCCGAGCGCGCGUCGUGGAGUCGGUUGUACUGGGAUCUUGUGAGGGAGCCGGUGCGGGCGGAGAGGGCGAUGGGGUGGUUGAUGGGUGGGGAGGAAGAGGAGAAGUAUCGGGUCGAUGCUGACUAUGGUGGUGGUGGAGGCGGUGGUGGAGGUGAUGAUGCCCGCGAGGUUGGGGAUAGGCGGUGGUGGUGGUGGCGGCGGAGGGAGAGGAAAGGGGAGAGGCUGCGGCUGGCGGUGGAGAGGGAGUUGAUGUGGGAUCAGAGUUGGGAGGGGUGA